CUUCUAUCUGCACGAACGAGCACUCAGCGGAGUGAACGGCAGCACUAAGAUGGCGGAGUGUGGCUGAGGGGGCAGCACAUUAAUUCCCUGCUUUUCGCGUUUUAGUCGAAAUAUACGGAUCCGCGCCGCAUUGUCGGAGGGUGAAAACGACCGAAAGGUCGUAGUUGGAGCAUAUUUGACUCGAUUAGGACAGAAGUCAUGACGUCUAUCCACUUCGUGGUUCACCCGUUGCCUGGGACGGAGGAACAGCUGAAUGACAGACUGCGGGAGGUGUCAGAGAAACUCAACAAGUACAACUACAGCAGUCAUCCCCCACUGAAUGUGCUGGAACAGGCCACCAUCAAGCAGUGCGUGGUGGGCCCGAGCCAUGCAGCAUUCCUCCUGGAGGAUGGCCGAGCUUGUAGGAUUGGAUUUGCAGUGCAGCCAGAUCGCCUGGAGCUGGGGAAACCGGACACCAGUGAUGGUUCAAAGCUGAGCAGUGGUUCAGGGACAGGAAGGAGCCCCAGGCCUGGCAGGACUAGUGAUCCGCCCUGGUUCCUCUCUGGCUCUGACACACUGGGCAGACUGGCAGGCAACACCCUUGGGAGCCGCUGGAGUUCUGGGGUGAACGGUGCGGCCACAGCAAGCGGAGGAGGGGCCGGGGGUGGCAGCAGUGGUGGCACCGGAGGUGGAGGAGGAGGAGGGGGCAGCAGCUCUGGCCGGUCAUCGGCGGCGGCGCGGGAUUCCCGCAGGCAGACCAGGGUGAUCCGCACGGGAAGGGAGCGAGGCUCCGGACUCCUGGGCAGCCAGCCGCAGCCUGUCAUUCCAGCCUCCGUCAUCCCCGAUGAGCUCAUCACCCAGGCCCAGGUAGUUCUCCAGGGGAAGUCCAGAAGCGUCAUCAUCCGGGAGCUCCAGCGUACGAACCUAGACGUGAACCUGGCUGUCAACAACUUGCUGAGCAGAGACGACGAAGAUGGCGACGAUGGCGAUGACACUGCCAGCGAAUCCUACUUGCCAGGAGAAGACCUGAUGUCCCUGCUGGAUGCAGACAUCCACUCAGCCCACCCCAGCGUCAUCAUCGAUGCCGACGCCAUGUUCUCUGAGGACAUCAGCUACUUCGGAUACCCCUCCUUCCGGCGCUCCUCGCUGUCCCGGCUGGGCUCCUCGCGAGUUCUCCUUCUUCCCUUAGAGCGAGACUCGGAGCUGUUGCGUGAGCGUGAGUCUGUGUUGAGGUUGCGUGAGCGGAGGUGGCUCGAUGGCGCCUCUUUUGAUACGGAGCGAGGCUCCACCAGCAGGGAGGGCGAGCCCGGCCUGGACAAGAAGAGCAUCCCCUUGCAGAGCCCCGUCUCCCUGGGGGAAGACCUCCAGUGGUGGCCUGACAAGGACGGCACCCGGUUCAUCAGCAUCGGCGCUCUUUACUCUGAGCUCAUAGCGCUCAGCUCUAAAGGAGAGCUCUACCAGUGGCGAUGGAGUGAACCUGAGCCCUACCGCAAUCCACAGAACCCAGCAAUUCACCAUCCGCGCUCCACCUCCUUGGGCCUAGCCAACGAGAAGAUCACUCUCUUGUCGGCUAACAGCAUCAGGGCCACUGUGGCGACGGAAAGCAAUAAGGUGGCCACCUGGGUGGACGAGACACUGAGCACAGUGGCGUCAAAGCUGGAGCACAGCGCACAGGCCUUCCCCGAGCUGCUGGGGGAGCGCGUCAUCUCCCUGCACUGCUGCGCCCUCUACACCUGCGCCCAGCUUGAGAGCUGCCUCUACUGGUGGGGGGUCGUGCCUUUUAAUCAGAGGAAGAAAAUGCUUGAAAAGGCCAGAGCCAAGAAUAAGAAGCCAAAGUCCAGCACUGGCAUCUCCUCCAUCCCCAACAUCACGGUGGGAACUCAGGUGUGCCUGAGGAACAACCCCCUGUACCACGCGGGCGCCGUGGCCUUCUCCGUCAGCACGGGGGUCCCCAAGGUGGGCGUCCUCAUGGAGUCUGUGUGGAACAUGAACGACAGCUGCAGGUUCCAGCUGCGUUCUCCGGAGAGCCUCAAGAACUUGGAAAAGACCAGCAAGAGCCAGGAAACUAAGACAGAGAGCAAGCAGGAGUGUGUGAAGACCGAGAUGGGCCCCCCGCCUUCCCCAGCCUCUACCUGCAGCGAUGCGUCCUCCAUCGCCAGCAGCGCCUCGCUCCCUUACAAGCGACGGCGCUCCACCCCCGCCCCCAAAGAGGAGGAGAAAGUCAACGAGGAGCCUUGGCCUCUUAGAGAAGUGGUUUUUGUAGAGGAUGUUAAAAACGUCCCUGUUGGAAAGGUGCUAAAAGUCGAUGGUGCGUAUGUUGCUGUGAAAUUUCCAGGGACGUCGAGCAGUGUGGGCAGCCAGAGCGCAGCUCCCUCUGACUCUGACCCGUCCUCACUGCUGCAAGACUGUAGGCUGCUCCGAAUAGACGAGCUACAGGUAGUAAAAACUGGUGGAACUCCAAAAGUUCCUGAUUGCUUUCAGCGCACACCUAAAAAACUAUGUAUACCUGAUAAAGCUGAAAUCCUGGCGGUCAACGUCGACUCUAAAGGAGUCCAUGCAGUGCUCAAAACAGGCAGCUGGGUGCGCUACUGUGUGUUCGACCUGGCCACAGGCAAGGCAGAGCAGGAAAAUAACUUCCCCACCAGCAGCCUGGCCUUUCUGGGGCAGAACGAGCGCAAUGUGGCCAUCUUCACGGCGGGACAGGAGGCCCCUGUCAUCCUGCGUGAUGGCAAUGGGACAAUUUACCCCCUGGCCAAAGACUGCAUGGGGGGGAUACGGGACCCAGACUGGCUGGAUCUGCCCCCCAUCUCCAGCCUCGGCAUGGGGGUCCACUCCCUCACCAACAUUCCCACAAACUCCACCAUCAAGAAGAAGGCUGCUGUUGUUAUCCUAGCGGUAGAGAGGCAGGCUCUGAUGCAGCACGUCCUCCGCUGUGACUACGAAGCAUGCCGUCAAUACCUGGCCAGCCUGGAGCAGGCACUGUUGCUUGAACAGGGUCCCCCGGCCCUGGGCGCCGUGCUGGAGCAUCGCUGUGACGGCAACCGCAACGUGCUGCAUGCCUGCGUCUCCGCCUGCUUCCCUGUUAGCAACAAGGAGACCAAGGAGGAGGAGGAAGCGGAGCGCUCCGAGAGAAACACCUUCGCCGAGAGGCUGUCGGCGGUGGAGGCCAUAGCCAACGCCAUCUCGGUGGUGUCCAGCAACAGCUCCGGGAACAGAACGGGCUCGUCCAGCAGCCGGGGGCUGCGGCUGCGUGAAAUGAUGCGCCGCUCCCUCCGAGCAGCUGGACUGGGCCGCCACGAGUCGGGCCCCUCUUCCAGUGAGCACCAGGACCCGGUGUCCCCGCCCAUCGCCCCUCCCAGCUGGGUACCAGACCCCCCUCCAAUGGAUCCAGAUGGGGAUAUUGAUUUCAUCUUGGCACCGGCUGUAGGGUCGAUCACGACCACUGCUUCCAGUACCGGUCAGGGGCCAAGCACAUCCACCAUACCAGGACCCUCCUCUGAGCCGUCCAUGGUGGACUCCAAGGACCGGAAGAGCAACGCUCACUUGAUCCUGAAGCUGAUGUGCAACAGCGUGGUGCUGCAUCCGUACCUCCGCGAGCUGCUGUCAGCCAAGGAUGCCCGGGGGAUGACCCCCUUCAUGCUGGCUGUCAGUGGGAGGGCUUAUCCGGCUGCCAUCACCGUCCUGGAAGCGGCACAGAAGAUAGCCAAAGGUGACCCAGGCCCUGGUGACAAGGAGGACGCGGACUCCAUGUUCAUGGAAAUGAUCUGCCCACCCGGCACCAACCCGGACGACUCCCCGCUCUAUGUGCUCUGCUGCAAUGACACAUGCAGCUUCACCUGGACAGGGGCGGAGCAUAUCAACCAGGAUAUUUUUGAGUGCCGGACGUGUGGCUUGCUGGAGAGUCUCUGUUGCUGCACCGAAUGCGCCAGGGUUUGCCACAAGGGACACGACUGCAAGCUCAAGAGGACCUCCCCCACUGCCUACUGUGACUGCUGGGAGAAGUGCAAGUGUAAGACCCUGAUCGCGGGCCAGAAGUCGGCCCGGUUGGACCUACUCUACCGGCUGCUCACCACCACCAACCUGGUCACCAUGCCCAACAGCAGGGGGGAGCACAUCCUGCUGUUCCUGGUCCAGACCGUCGCCAGGCAGAGCGUGGAACACUGUCAGUACCGUCCCCCGCGCAUCAGGGAGGACAGGAACCGCAAAGCAGCAAGCGCUGAAGACUCGGACAUGCCGGACCACGACCUUGAGCCCCCGCGCUUCUCCCAGCUGGCCCUGGAGCGCGUCCUGCAGGACUGGAACGCCCUGCGCUCCAUGGUGCUCUUCGGCUCCCAGGACAGCAAAGACCCGCUGAGUGCCAGCAGCAGAGUGGGCCACCUCCUGCCCGAGGAGCAGGUCUACCUCAACCAGCAGAGCGGCACCAUCCGGCUCGACUGCUUCACGCACUGCCUCAUCGUGAAGUGCGCCCCGGACAUCACGCUCAGCCGGUUCAUCGACACUCUGCUGGGGACUCUGGUGAAAGAACUGCAGAAUAAAUACACCCCGGGCCGGAGGGAGGAGGCCAUCGAUGUCACCAUGCGGUUCCUGCGCUCGGUGGCUCGGGUCUUCGUCAUCCUCAGCGUCGAAAUGGCCUCAUCCAAGAAAAAAAACAAUUUCAUCCCCCAGCCGAUUGGAAAGUGCCGGCGCGUCUUCCAGGCCCUGCUGCCCUACGCCGUGGAGGAGCUGUGCAACGUUGCCGAGUCGCUCAUCGUGCCAGUGCGCAUGGGCGUGGCCCGGCCCACCGCGCCCUUCACCCUGGCCAGCACCAGCAUUGACGCCGUGCAGGGCAGCGAAGAACUCUUCUCGGUGGAGCCGCUGCCACCUCGGCCCUCACCGGACCAGCCCAGCAGCUCCGGUCAGCCGGCGUCCUCCUACAUGAUCCGCAACCCGCAGCCCCGCCGUAGCAGUCAGUCCCAGCCGGCGAGGGGCCGCGAGGAGGAGCACGACGACAUGGUCUCUGCGGACGUGGAGGAGGUGGAAGUGGUGGAGGGUGUGGCUGGGGAGGAGGAUCAGCACGAUGAGCAGGAGGAGCAAGCCGACGAGAACGCGGAGGUGGAGGGGCAGCAGGACGAGCACGACGAGGAUGGCAGUGACAUGGAGCUGGACCUGCUGGCAGCCGCGGAGACGGAGAGCGACAGCGAGAGCAACCACAGCAACCAGGACAACGCCAGCGGGCGUCGAAGUGUCGUCACAGCAGCCACUGCUGGCUCGGAAGCAGGUGCCAGCAGUGUUCCUGCCUUCUUUUCAGAGGACGACUCGCAGUCCAAUGACUCCAGCGACUCCGACAGCAGCAGCAGCCAGAGCGACGACGUGGACCAGGAGACGUACCUGGUGGAUGAGCCGCUGGAACGUACCACGGGCGCCGCCCACGCCAACGGCGCUGCCCAGGCCCCGCGCUCCAUGCAGUGGGCCGUGCGUAACGCGCCCAGCCAACGUGCUACCACCAGCGCCCCCUCCGGCUCCUCCACUCCCGCAGCAAGCUCCACUGGCCUUAUCUACAUCGACCCAUCGAACCUGCGCCGCAGUGGGGCCAUCAGCACCAGUGCAGCAGCCGCCGCUGCCUUGGAGGCUGGCAGCUCCAGUAGCUACCUGACGUCAGCCAGCAGCCUGGCCAGGGCCUACAGCAUCGUGAUCCGGCAGAUCUCUGACCUCAUGGGCCUCGUCCCAAAGUACAACCAGCUGGUUUAUUCCCAGUACCCUGCUGCAGUCAAGCUCACCUUCCAGGACGCCGUCCAUCUGCAGAGCUAUGUGGAGGAAAAACUGAUUCCCACCUGGAACUGGAUGGUGUCCAUAAUGGAUUCCACGGAGGCACAGCUGCGUUACGGUUCGGCGCUGGCCUCCGCCGGGGACCCGGGCCACCCCAGCCACCCGCUGCACGCCUCGCAGCACGCCGGUCGUCGGGAGCGCGUCACGGCUCGUGAGGAGGCCAGCAUUCGGGCGCUGGAGGGCCGCAGACGCACUGCCUCUCUGCUGAGCGCACGCCAGGGCAUGAUGUCGGCGAGGGGUGACUUCCUGAACUACGCCCUCUCUCUGAUGCGCUCACACAACGACGAGCACUCGGACGUGCUGCCCGUCCUGGACGUGUGCUCACUCAAGCACGUCGCGUACGUCUUCCAGGCCCUCAUUUACUGGAUCAAGGCCAUGAACCAGCAGACCACCCUGGACACCACGCAGCUGGACAGGAAGAGGACCCGUGAGAUUCUGGAGCUGGGCCUGGACAAUGAGGACUCUGAGCAUGAGAACGAUGAGGACACUAAUCAGAGUUCCACCAUCCAUGAGAAGGAUGACGACCCCCUGUCUGCAGAAACGGGUCAGAACCAUCCCUUCUUCCGCCGCUCUGACUCUAUGACCUUCCUGGGCUGCAUUCCUCCAAAUCCAUUUGAGGUGCCACUGGCUGAGGCCAUCCCACUGGCGGACCAGCCCCACCUAUUGCAGCCAAAUGCCAGGAAGGAGGAUCUGUUUGGGAGGCCAAGCCAGGGCCUCUACUCAUCCACAUACAGCACAAGCAAAGGCCUGAUGGACAUCAACCUAGACCGCAGCUGCUUGGAGGUUCUGCCCACGAAGAUGUCGUACUCGGCCAACAUGAAGAACGUGAUGAACAUGCAGGCUCGGCAGAAAGCUGGCGAGCAGCAAGCCCCUCCCGAGGACCACCUGGCACCCCCCAAGCCCGGGCCAUCCGCCCACGACCUGGCAGCCCAGCUGAAGAGCAGCCUGCUAGCGGAAAUCGGCCUGACGGAGAGCGAGGGCCCACCUCUCACCUCUUUCAGGCCACGCUGCAGCUUCAUGGGCAUGGUCAUCUCCCACGACAUGCUACUAGGCCGCUGGCGUCUGUCUCUUGAGCUCUUUGGACGCGUCUUCAUGGAGGACGUGGGCGCAGAGCCCGGAUCGAUCCUCACGGAGCUGGGGGGCUUCGAGGUCAAGGAGUCCAAGUUCCGCCGGGAGAUGGAGAAACUGCGCAACCAGCAGUCCCGUGACCUUGCACUGGAGGUGGACCGUGACCGUGAGCAGCUCAUCCAGCAGACCAUGCGGCAGCUGAACGCCCACUUCGGCCGACGCUGCGCCGCCACACCUAUGGCUGUACACCGCGUCAAGGUCACCUUCAAGGACGAGCCCGGCGAGGGUAGCGGCGUGGCCAGGAGCUUCUACACGGCCGUGGCCCAGGCUGUCCUGUCCAGCGAGAAGCUGCCCAGCCUGGACUGUGUGCAAAGUGUCAGCAAGGGCAUGCAGGCCAGCAAUCUGAUGCAGAGGCUUCGGAACCGGGACCGGGAGAGAGAGCGCCGCAGCGGUGGACUGAGGGCUGGUUCCCGCCGAGACCGGGACAGGGACUCGAGGAGGCAGCUGUCUGUCGAUACGAGGCCCUUCAGACCGGCAUCGGAGGGGAAUCCCAGCGAUGAGCCCGACCCGCUACCGGCCCACAGGCAGGCUCUGGGGGAGAGGCUGUACCCCCGGGUCCACGCCAUGCAGCCGGCUUUCGCCAGUAAGAUCACGGGAAUGCUGCUUGAACUUUCUCCAGCCCAGCUGCUGCUGCUCCUGGCCAGUGAGGACUCGCUGAGGGCACGGGUGGAGGAAGCCAUGGAGCUCAUCAUUGCACACGGACGGGAAAAUGGGGCAGACAGCAUUCUGGACCUCGGCCUGCUGGACACGUCAGACAAGGCUCAGCCACAGGACAACCGCAAACUGCAUGGAUCCAGCCGCAGUGUGGUGGACAUGGAGUUGGAUGACACAGAUGACAGCGAUGACAACACUCCGCUCUUCUACCAGCCCGGCAAGAGGGGGUUCUACUCCCCCAGACCUGGCAAGAACACGGAGGCCCGGCUCAACUGCUUCCGCAACAUCGGAAGAAUACUUGGCCUGUGCCUCCUGCAGAAUGAGCUGUGUCCGAUAACCCUGAACAGACAUGUCAUCAAAGUGCUGCUGGGGAGAAAGGUGAACUGGCACGACUUCGCCUUCUUUGACCCGGUGAUGUACGAGAGCUUACGGCAGCUCAUUCUGCACUCUCAGACGGGAGAGGCGCAGGCAGUGUUCGCUGCCAUGGACCUGGCCUUCGCCAUCGAUCUCUGCAAGGAGGAGGGGUCUGGCCAGGUGGAGCUCCUAUCUGGUGGCGUAAACGUGCCGGUGACUCCGCAGAAUGUGUACGAAUAUGUGAGGAAAUAUGCAGAACACCGAAUGCUGGUGGUGGCUGAGCAGCCGCUGCAUGCGAUGAGGAAGGGACUGCUGGACGUGCUGCCCAAGAAUGCCCUGGAGGACCUGACAGCAGAGGACUUCAGGCUCCUCGUGAACGGCUGUGGAGAAGUCAACGUGCAGAUGCUGAUCAGCUUCACUUCUUUUAACGACGAGUCAGGAGAAAACGCAGAGAAGCUUCUGCAGUUUAAACGUUGGUUCUGGUCCAUUGUGGAGAAAAUGAGCAUGACGGAGAGACAAGACCUGGUGUACUUCUGGACUUCCAGCCCGUCCCUGCCGGCCAGCGAGGAAGGCUUUCAGCCGAUGCCCUCCAUAACCAUCCGACCCCCUGACGACCAGCACCUGCCCACCGCCAACACGUGCAUCUCGCGUCUCUACGUGCCGCUGUACUCUUCCAAACAGAUCCUCAAACAGAAACUGCUCCUGGCCAUCAAGACAAAGAACUUCGGAUUUGUGUAGAAGUUAACGAGCGCCUUCUCUACGGUUGUGUAAUAUUACUAGUUCCAUUUUUGUAGAAUUAUUUUUUAUUUGUCUAUACUAUUUUAUGAUAUUCGAAAUGCCGUCAAUCCCUGGCGGUAACUCUUAUUUUGCGUUGUUUUAUUUCUGAAGAAAUGUACAUUCCUCCAUUGAGUGUGUAAAGUUGAAGCCCACAGCACAGCCCGCUUAAACUCUUCCCCUUCAUUUUGCCCUAUAGGAUGAACCCCAGCCAAAGACGACAGCAGACAUCUUUAAAAUAACAUUUCACUGUGAUUAUGGUUUAAUUUUCCCCAACCUAAAAAGAAAUACUUAAUCUCACUCAACGUUCACUGCUGCCUUUGUGAAAAGUCUGUUUUUCUUGUAUAGGGGGAGUAGGGAAUUUAAAAAUAAACUUGACAAUGCAAAAUA